CGCCUACUUACUCCUCCCCGCUUAUUCGGUCCAUUCUCUCUCUCUCCCUCCACCGGGAGAACAGUCGGAUUUGCUCUUUUAAUCCCCACCCACCCGAAUCAAAUAGGAAAUUACUUACUAAUUGAGCAUCGUCGCCAGCGAUGCUCCGUGUUGAUUCGGAAAGAAAAAAAAUCAAGCAUCGCAUCCGAUUUCAAGAGAAAUCGCUUGCGCUCAAUCCAGAUUAGCUUGCGCUUGAUGAUCGAAGAGGCGAUCGAGGCGCUGGGCGAGGAAGGGGGCUCGGCGGAGUCCGCCAUCUCGGACUUCAUCCGCGGCAGGUACCCCGGCGUCCCCGCCGCGCACGACAGCUUCCUCCGCUACUACCUCGCCAAGCACGUCGCCGAGGGCCUCUUCGUCUGCGCCGCGUCUGGCCGGUACUCGUGCUGCUCCGACGACGAGCCCGAGUCCGUGCUCGCACUCACCGAGGUCCCGGCGUCGGCGACGGCUGCGCCGAUACAGCCCAAGCGCGCCCGCGGUCGGCCUAAGAAGGAUGACUCGCUGGUGCUGGCCAAGCGCGGCCGCGGACGGCCUAGGAGAGAUGCUUGGCAGGCCGCUGCAACGGCGGUGAGUGCUGGGCCUCCGACGACAGGCCCCAAGCGCGGUCCCGGUCGGCCUAGGAAGUAUGGCUCGCCGGCGGCGGUGACCGCUGGGUCUCCGUCCACAGGGGACAAGCGCGCCCGCGGUCGGCCUCGGAAGGAUGGCUCCCAGCCGAAGCCGGCUUCUCGCAAGAAGCUUGUGAGCGGGUCAUCAUCCACGAUGCCCAAACGCCGUGGCCGGUCUCGCAUUCUGACGGAGGUAGGGGCGGCCGACGUCUCUGGCGAAGAGCUCGUCAUGGACAAGAAAGACAGCACUGAGGCUCCAUCCGCCACGGAUAAGAACCAUGGGGAACCUUUCGAGCUGGCAAUUGUGAUUGUCAACGACGGCUCUGGUGCAGCAUUAGUCACGGAGGAAGAUGGCAGCGAGGCUCCAGCAGCCAAGCGGCCGCACUUGGCCAUGGAACCUGCUUCAUUCAGUACACCAGAGUGCAGCACCCAGCCCUGCAAACCACCCCUUGUGGCAGCUGACGAAAACUCUGCUCCAGCGCAAGUCCCCGGCAAGGAGGAUGACGCCCAAGCUCCAUUUGUGAAGCACAAGCGCAGUCGUCGGACCUGCAGAUCAGAGCCGGCAAAGUCCACCUGCGGCUCUGCCCCAACAUCUAUUGCAGACAAGAAGGCCGCUGGCAACGCUGCAUCUGCUCCACCCAAGGGCCAUGACUGGUUGCGCAAACCGACAUUGAUGGCCGCGGCCGGCGAUCUUACACCCAGCGAGGCUCGAUCUGUGCCGGUCAAGCCGCGCCGCAAGCCUCGCAAACAGUUUCUGCUGAACUUUUAUGACGAGGUACCAAAUAAUCCGAACUUGUGUGUGCUCGCACUGCCUGCCCAGGUGCCGGAGGCAACAAAGGAGAAGUAGUUCUGAAACCGGGCAUGGCAGCUCAUGAAGCGUCGUUCAUAAUUGGAAGAACACCUCUUGGGUUCCUAAAUGCAGUGCACAUGACGAUAGCUUUUGUGUUCUAUCCAUAAUCGGCAGUUUUAGUUUUUUUAUUGUUAUUGUUGAACUUUAGCAGUUUUAGGGGUUAUUUGAACUAGUUAGAAAUAUUUCUCUUCGAAGCUCCAGUUUAGUUCAAGUCUGAAUAAAUACCACCCUCCAUCGAAGGAGGUCCCUUAGGGGUAUCCAUGAGAUUGAAUUUGUAUGAAUCUCGUCGGUUCAUGUGAAAACAAAAACGGGUGCAGUUCAUCUGGGUUAA